GAAAAUACACAUUAAUAUUCUUUACUUUAUUCGCAUAGUUAUCACUUUGGUUUUCUGUUCUCCAAAUAACCCUGCCAAGCGAUCUGGCUUUUAACUCCGCCGUGCCGCGAUUAAUUCCGAUCCACCACCACAAAGCUUCCUGAACUCAUCGCCCACUUUCGCACGACGGAGAAUUUUUUUCAAUGAUGAGGCUUCAAACUUACGCGGGAUUUAGCCUAUUAGCUACAUUGGCCGUUAUCUAUCACGCUUUUAGCAGUAGAGGCCAGUUUUACCCGGCCAUGGUUUAUUUAUCGACUUCAAAAAUCAGUUUGGUGCUCCUCUUGAAUAUGGGCCUGGUUUUUAUGUGCGUCUUGUGGCAACUGACCAAGAAAAUCUUCCUCGGGCCUCUUCGUGAAGCGGAAGUCGAGCGGCUGAACGAGCAGUCAUGGCGUGAAAUCAUGGAAAUAUUAUUUGCGAUCACCAUCUUCAGACAAGAUUUCUCAGUCUCGUUUAUAGCUAUGGUUACCACUUUACUUCUGAUCAAGGCACUUCAUUGGUUAGCCCAAAAGAGGGUUGAAUACAUCGAGACAACGCCUUCUGUUCCUAAACUAUCUCAUGUCAGGAUCGUGUCUUUCAUGGGAUUCCUUCUUCUUGUCGACUGUAGUUUUCUGUACAGAUCGGUUAAGUACUUGAUAAAAACCAGGCAGGCCUCAGUUUCACUCUUCUUUGCGUUCGAAUAUAUGAUAUUGGCCACAACGACUGUAUCAACAAUUGUGAAGUAUGUAUUUUACGUGAGUGACAUGAUUAUGGAAGGACAAUGGGAAAAGAAGGCUGUCUACACCUUUUACUUGGAGCUUAUCCGGGACUUGCUCCACUUGACUAUGUAUAUGUGUUUCUUCCUUGUCAUUUUUGUGAACUAUGGCGUGCCUCUUCACUUGAUCCGGGAGUUAUACGAGACUUUCCGUAACUUCAAAAUCCGCGUGGCUGAUUACAUACGUUACCGCAAGAUCACUUCGAAUAUGAAUGAUCGUUUUCCGGAUGCAACCACGGAGGAGCUUAAUACGAAUGAUGCAACCUGUAUUAUCUGCCGUGAGGAGAUGAUUACGGCUAAAAAACUCAACUGUGGUCAUCUUUUUCACGUGCACUGUCUGAGGUCUUGGCUGGAAAGGCAAAACACAUGUCCCACGUGCAGAGCCCUCGUGGUACCACCUGAGAAUGGGACUUCAACUAGUGGAGUUAGAGCCGAUGUUCAACAGCAAGGAAGUAGCACACCUGGCACGUCUUCACAAGGAGCUGCUGGUGUUAGGGCGGGAAAUGAUAACGUCAGUCAGCAUGAAGCUAGGCUACAAGCUGCUGCUGCUGCUGCCUCGAUUUACGAGAAGUCUUUUGUUUAUCCUUCCCCGAAUACCCUUACAUGGUCACCUGGAUAUGCAUUUCUUCCCCAAACAUUCGCAAAUCCAAGCCACACCAUACCGGCAAACGAUGGUGUCUCACAACAGUAUUCGGACAUGACUUUUGUGCAGUUACCUCAGUGGGCUGGGAGUGCCGAUUCUCAACAAGAUUUGCAAGUUAAGCUAAUUCAGGACCAGAUUGAGUUUCUGCAACACAGGCUCCAGCUUCUGCAAGCAUCAAAGGAUGGGAAGGGAAAAUCGGUAAUAUCACCAUCUUCAUCUGUUGUAGACUCUAGUGAGACUCGUUAUCCAGAGCCAACGGACUAACUGUCUGACUAGCCAGAUUAUUUUUACCGAGAACCGUGAAAACGUGUGAAUUGGUAGUUCAUGCCGACUUUAAGUUUUCCUAUGUGAGAAUCCAACUGUGUGCUGAUUAUAGCGGAGUCGUUAGAGAAAAAAAAAAUGAAAAACUCUAGCUAGUUGGGUUUGAAAAUAUUGGACUCAAGUGCAAAAUCUAUACUUAUAUAAUAAGAAUUAACAUUUAUCCAAAAUAGUAGGUCAAAUUAUGGUGAAUGUCGGAUUUGCAUUAAAUAUUUUCCAAAACCGGUAAGUUUUUGUCCUUUUCACACUUCUCAUUAAUUAUGUCAUUUUCACACUUCUCAUUAAUUAUGUCCUUUUCACACUUCUAAUUAAUUCAUUAAUUACGACAUAAUUAUCAUAAAUUA